GUAACCAGGGCAACUGGUUUUGUCAUCUUUUCCUGCCUCAGUUCCUCUGAGACGCGACUGCCAGGCGUCGAUCGACGGCCAGCCGAGUCUUCAGGUCCCUCAUCCCUCCGCUCGAGCACACGAUCCGCCCGACGUCCCGACACAAAGUCCUUUCCGCCCCCCGCUGCGCUCGCCUCAGCCUCACCCACUCUGCAGACUCGUUGGUGUUGGGGCUGCUCUUUUGUGGCCUCAAUCCGGUUCCGGUUCCGGUCCACUGAUGCCGCCAACCUGAACUGUAGCGGUGAAGAGACACAGAACUGGUUGACACCUCCCAUUCUUCCUUUCUUCGCCCUCCUAUUUCCACUACUUUUAAUGAUGCUAAUACAAGUAAUACUGCCACUAAUGUUAAUGAUAAUAUCUAUUAAUCUACUUUCUCCUCCCUUUAUCUUUCUCCACGUCACCAACUCACUGUCUGCCUUGGAAACAGUGCAAGAGGCUCGCCUCCUCCAUCCAACUCAGAUAAGACCCCCAUUGCUUGUCGCCCCGUCCUGCCCUCAGCUUCUUUCUUGGUCUUUCCGAAUGCUCUCUCUGCAACCGCCCAAGCAGGAAGCCCACGACCUGACUCAAGGUUUUGCAUUAUCAAACGUUUGUCCCUAUUUGCCUAUCAAUCCCUGCCGUUGUGUGUAUGUGUGCAUCGCCAGACUUGGCACACUCGAGCCGAGCCGGGCCGGGCCGGGCCGUCAGGUUGCGCCCUAA